AUUAAAGACAGUAGCUGCAACAGCUCACAAUAAAACGCCGGAUCAUCUCUUUUUUAAAUGGAAAGGAUCAGUCGAUAGAUCUGAAAGAAAGAAAGAAAGAAUGGGAAGCUACAAGAUGUGCCUCUGCUUCACGAGGAAGUUUGGGAGCAAAGAAGCUGAGCUCCCUCCCGACGUAGUCCAUGUUUUCUCCAACUUCUCCGAUGGCGCUGCUAAUAUGACAGCCGAUCAGCUCCUUCGCUUCCUUUUGGAAUUCCAAGGAGACACCACUGCCACCAUUUCUGACGCUGUUUCCAUCAUCGAGCAGAUUCGACAUCGCCGCCCCAUCAGCAUUUUCUCAAAGCACGCUCUCACAGUCGAGGAUUUCCAUCAUUACCUCUUCUGCGACGAUCUCAACCCUCCAAUCAAAUCUGAGGUUCAUCAUGCUAUGACUGCUCCACUAUCCCAUUAUUAUAUAUAUACUGGCCACAAUUCCUAUUUGACUGGCAAUCAACUCAGCAGUGAUUGCAGCGAUGUCCCAAUCAUAAAGGCACUGAAGAGAGGGGUGAGGGUAAUUGAACUGGAUAUGUGGCCAAACUCAACAAAAGAUAAUGUUGAUAUACUUCAUGGAAGGACACUGACUACUCCAGUGGAGCUCAUCAAAUGUUUGAGGUCCAUUAAAGAACAUGCUUUUGUUGCAUCUCCAUAUCCUGUUGUAAUUACUCUAGAAGACCACCUUACUCCAGAUCUUCAAGCUAAAGUAGCGGAGAUGGUCACUGAAAUAUUUGGAGCAAUGCUGUUUUACCCUGAGGGAGAACUGUUAACUGAAUUCCCUUCACCGGAAGCAUUGAAGAAGCGAGUUAUUAUUUCCACUAAACCACCAAAAGAAUACCUUGAAUCUAAGGCUUUUAAGGAGAAUGGAUCACAGAAAGAAAAAGAUUCAGCACAUGAAGAAGCAUGGGGAAAGGAGGUUCCAGACUUUAAAGCUUCACUAGAAACUGACGACAAGAAUGAGAAUGAUCGUGGCGAACAAGUCCAGGAUGAGGAUGAUCUUGAUGAUGGUGACCGCAUGUCGCGUCCACUUUCAGCACCUGAAUACAAGCGUCUAAUUGCUAUUAGAGCUGGGAAACAGAAAGGUGGGUUAAAAGGUUCACUAAAGGUGGUUCCUAAUGAAGUCAAGCGUCUUAGUUUGAGCGAACAAGCACUCGAAAAGGCCGCCGAUUCUCAUGGAACUGAUCUUGUAAGAUUCACCCAGAAGAAUUUGCUGAGGGUGUACCCAAAGGGUAUCCGUUUUGACUCCUCGAAUUACAACCCAUUCAUUGGAUGGAUGCAUGGAGCUCAGAUGGUCGCAUUUAAUAUGCAGGGAUAUGGCAGGUCGCUCUGGCUGAUGCAUGGAUUUUUCAGUGCUAAUGGAGGGUGUGGUUAUGUGAAAAAACCUGAUUUUUUGAUGGAGAUUGAUCCUGAUAGCAAGGUCUUUAAUCCUAGAGAAAAUUUGCCCGUGAAGAAAACCUUGAAGGUGAGAGUGUAUAUGGGGGAUGGAUGGCGUUUGGAUUUCCAUCACACCCAUUUUGAUACAUACUCCCCGCCAGACUUUUAUACAAGGGUUGGUAUAGCUGGAGUGCCAGCUGAUUCUGUGAUGAAGAAAACAAGGGCAAUUGAGGACAACUGGAUACCUGUUUGGGACGAAGAGUUCGAAUUCUCAUUGACUGUUCCAGAACUGGCUUUGCUUCGGAUUGAAGUGCAUGAGUAUGAUAUGUCUGAGAAAGAUGAUUUUGGCGGCCAGGCAUGUCUGCCUGUAUCAGAGCUGAGGUCAGGGAUCCGAGCUGUCCCACUUUAUGACCGAAAGGGUGAGAAGUUCAAGUCUGUAAAGCUUCUUAUGCGGUUUCAAUUUGUUUGAAACUGUUGCUAAGUUGCAUUCAAUUGUAAGACUUUUUCGUAGUGCCAUAGGGAUAUGGUGGUUGUGUAUUAUAUUGUUCAUUUCUACCCAGCAUUUAAGAGUUGUGAUUUUUGCAUGUUGAGCUGUAAUGGUUGUUUUUGUCUAUAUGACUAUUGUGGUUCAAACCUUUGUGAUAAGUUCGUGUUUUUA